UAUGGCAGCGCCCGUAGAAACGCAACUGCUGAGAACCACACUCGACAUGCCGCUGAUGUCCUGUGUGACCUGAGUCGGAUUCCCAAGAACAUCCGCGUUUUACGAUGUUGUCAGAAAAAGUGCUUUUCUCGAAAGUGCUUUGCCACUUACGGCGGAACGUUCCGAUGUGUCGGUGGUUGUGCAACUCUGCGUCGUGCGAGCUGGAUCCCGGUGUUAAACAGAGAAUAUCCCGGGGUCCUUCGCUCGAGCAUUUCAUUGCCAACUCUGCGAACAGCCUUGAUGAAACUAAAGUAGCGUGCUCAACAGAACAGUUCCAACAUCCCUACGUUGCGGCCGAUGAAGUCCGGGGAAAAGGGAAGAAAGUACAUUUCGAAACAUAUGGGUGUCAGAUGAAUGUUAAUGAUACUGAAGUAGCCUGGUCCCUGUUGAGAGACGCCGGCUUUGAAAGGACCAACUCUGCAAGUGAGGCUGAUGUUGUGCUCAUCAUGACAUGUGCCAUACGAGAGGGUGCCGAAGGAAAGAUCUGGUCGAAGAUCAAUCACUUGAAAACGCUGAAGAAGCUGCGCAAAGCUGACAGGCGUGGGCCCCUGCAAAUUGGAAUCUUGGGGUGCAUGGCUGAGAGGCUUAAAGAGAAGCUUAUAGAGAAAGAAAAGGCAGUCGACAUAGUUGCAGGCCCAGACAGCUACAGAGAUCUGCCACGUCUCUUGGUCCUCGCCCGUUCAGGACAAGUUGGUGUGAACGUUCAGCUGUCUCUGGAUGAAACCUAUGCGGAUGUUGUUCCUGUUCGCCUUAAUGAGAACUCAAAGUCUGCAUUUGUGUCCAUCAUGCGUGGUUGCAACAACAUGUGCUCCUAUUGUAUUGUUCCAUUCACACGUGGUCGAGAACGAAGUAGACCACUGGCGAGCAUCUUAGAGGAAGUGAGAGCCCUCUCAGAUCAGGGUGUUAAAGAGGUAACCUUGCUGGGGCAGAAUGUCAACAGCUAUCGGGACACUUCAGCUGAGAGCCAGGCUCUGAUCGAACGUAGCAGGGAUGGCCCGGAGAUCUUGAGUCCGGGUUUCCGCACCAUCUACAAGUUGCCUGUCGGUGGGCUGCGAUUCGCCGAUCUCUUAGACAGGGUCUCACAGGUGGACAAGGAGAUGCGCAUUCGCUUCACCUCACCCCACCCCAAAGAUUUCCCAAGUGAGGUGCUGGAGGUGAUCAGGGACCGGGACAACAUCUGCAAGCAAAUCCACCUACCUGCUCAAAGUGGGAACAAUGCCAUUCUUGAGCGCAUGCGCCGAGGCUACACACGUGAAGCAUACCUGGAGCUCGUGCACCGGAUACGUGAUGUUCUGCCAAAUGUGGCCCUGUCUAGCGACUUCAUAUGCGGCUUCUGUGGUGAGACUGAGGCAGCCCAUGAGGAGACCAUGUCUCUCGUAGACCAAGUCCAAUACAGCGUGGCCUACGUGUUCCCUUACAGCCUCAGAGAAAAAACACACGCCCAUCGUCGCCUUGAAGAUGAUGUCCCACUUGAUGUCAAGAAACGCAGAGUUGGGGAAGUGUUAUCUGUCUUUCGUCGUCGUGUAAAAGAGCUCUUCGAGCAGCAAAUUUCAACGCAUCAGCUUGUCCUGGUCGAAGGAGAUAGCCGACGUUCGCCAGAGGACAUGGUUGGCAGAAAUGACAACAACGUAAGGGUUGUAUUUCCAAAGAUUCUUGUCCCAGAACACCAGUCGUCUUCAGUGAAGAAGCAGGUUCAACCAGGCGAUUAUGUAGUUGUUCAGAUUCAAGACUGCUCGAGCCAAGUGCUCAAAGGCGUGCCUUUGUAUGCCACUUCUCUGCAACAACAUAUGGCUGAAGAACGGGAGCAUGUGCGCUUAAGACACGUAUAGUCACUGUAGCUUCCUCACUGCUUAUGACUAAAAAGAUGUGAAAUUCAGGCUUCCUGGUGGCAAUUCAAUAAAGCUUAUUCAUGCGCAUGC